UGUUUUUGAGCGCGGACCGGUUUUGCACCCGGCUUGUCUGGAAGGUAUAAAAACGUUUCGACUGGCGCUUCGUCAGUAUGCUGAUAACUCCCUACUGAGGAAUUGCCAAGAAGAAAGCGAGAAGUCCUUAAAUUAUGGAUCCUUGUGCUUGUGCUCAGACUGGAUCUUGCAGUUGUGGGGACUCCUGCAAGUGUAAGGACUGCAAAUGUACGUCAUGUAAGAAAAGUUGUUGUGCCUGUUGUCCGGCCGGCUGCAGCAAGUGCGCUUCCGGCUGCGUCUGCAAGGGCAAGACUUGCGAUACCACCUGCUGUCAGUGACGGCCGUACACUGCGAGGAUUGUAUACGGCUACUAUAACCUGUCUCCCUCAACGUUUGUACGUGAUUCUUUAAUAAACUAGAUGUUAACUGAC